GUAUACGAAAUUAGGAUAUGCUGGAAAUACAGAGCCACAGUUUAUCAUCCCUUCCUGUAUUGCUAUUAAGGAAUCAGCUAAAGUGGGUGAUCAAGCUCAAAGGAGGGUGAUGAAAGGUGUUGAUGACCUAGACUUCUUCAUUGGUGAUGAAGCAAUAGAAAAACCUACAUAUGCAACAAAGUGGCCAAUUCGCCAUGGUAUCGUUGAAGAUUGGGACUUGAUGGAAAGGUUUAUGGAGCAAGUAAUCUUUAAAUAUUUAAGGGCAGAACCUGAAGACCAUUAUUUUCUUUUGACUGAACCUCCGCUGAAUACUCCAGAAAACAGGGAAUAUACUGCCGAAAUAAUGUUCGAGUCCUUCAAUGUUCCAGGCUUGUACAUUGCUGUGCAGGCUGUUCUUGCCUUAGCUGCAUCCUGGACCUCAAGACAAGUAGGAGAACGGACGUUGACUGGUACGGUAAUAGACAGUGGAGAUGGUGUCACUCAUGUCAUCCCUGUGGCUGAAGGAUAUGUGAUUGGCAGCUGUAUUAAACACAUUCCAAUCGCAGGACGAGAUAUAACGUAUUUUAUUCAGCAACUACUAAGAGACCGAGAAGUAGGAAUCCCUCCAGAACAAUCUCUGGAAACUGCUAAAGCAGUAAAGGAGCGCUAUAGUUAUGUCUGCCCAGAUUUAGUAAAAGAAUUUAAUAAGUAUGACACAGAUGGGUCAAAGUGGAUUAAACAGUAUACUGGAAUCAAUGCUAUCUCAAAGAAAGAAUUUUCCAUUGAUGUUGGUUAUGAGAGAUUUUUGGGACCUGAAAUCUUUUUUCAUCCUGAGUUUGCUAAUCCAGACUUUACACAACCUAUCUCAGAAGUUGUAGAUGAAGUAAUUCAGAAUUGUCCUAUUGAUGUCAGACGUCCUCUUUAUAAGAAUAUUGUCCUCUCUGGGGGUUCAACCAUGUUCAGGGACUUUGGACGUCGUUUGCAAAGAGAUUUGAAAAGAACCGUAGAUGCCAGGCUGAAAUUAAGUGAAGAACUGAGUGGUGGCAGAUUGAAGCCAAAACCUAUUGAUGUACAGGUCAUUACACACCACAUGCAACGAUAUGCAGUUUGGUUUGGGGGAUCGAUGCUGGCUUCCACGGUGAGUGUGAUAAAGCUUUGAGAGUUUUUAUUGUUC